AUGUGGAAUAACUCGACGGCGGCUAAUCUUUGGGAGGAUGAAGAAUGCGCAGUUUCGCUCAUCGAUCAACCGGCCAUCAAGUAUCCAAUCAUGGCAAUCUACAUCACCGUGUUCACGGUUUGCCUUCUCGGAAACAUGUUCACGAUACUCGUGAUAACAACCCAUCCUCUGAUGAGGACGGCGACCAACUUUUUUCUCGCCAAUUUAGCGGCUGCCGAUCUCCUCGUCGCAGUAUUUUGUAUUCUUCAAAAUAUGAUCCAUAUUGUGGGAUUCGAUCAUGGAAACUGGCCAUUGGGCGAGCUUUUGUGCAGAAUGUACCUCGCUAUUUUGCACAUGGUCCCGUGCACAAGCGUUGGAAUUCUCGUGUGUGUUUCGCUCGAGAAAUACAUUGCUGUUUUACAUCCGUUAACAGCUUUGAAAGUGUUGACGCAUCGCCUUCGAUUGAUCGUCACAAUCAGCAUCUGGAUCGGAAGUGUUCUCAUCAACUUCCCAUUCUUCUACUAUGCAAAAAUGUACACGUUCGGCGAACACAAUGCCUGCACGAGGACACCUAUGCCGUAUUGGAUUACGGUAUCUUUCGUAGUAUGGUACUUCAUACCAUUUAUCAUAUUGACGAUCAUUUACUCGAAAAUUGGAUUGUUGUUAUGGACGACGGGAAGUAGUCAUACGAGCACAAGGCCGAGCAGCGAUUCUCAAGGAAGUGCUGGAAAUAGUUGGCAAAUGGCAAAUGGUCGAGUUGUUGUCUACAAACCGGAGAGUCUGUUGCAAGUACCGAAUGAGCGGAAGCGAGAGCCGAAGAAGCCGAAAGAUGUGGAGGGAAGGAGGAAGGUGGUUCGGCUUUUGUUCGCAGUUGUGCUCUCGUUCGGACUCUUCACAUUUCCUCAUCAUGCUCGCCUGAUUUAUUCGAGUUGGUCGACAAGCGUGAGUUGUAUGUCGCAUUGGAGUAGUCUACUUCAGCCAUUUUCCUACAUUUGCUUAUUUGUCUCAUCGGCGAUCAAUCCGAUUCUCUAUGCGUUCCUUUCGAAGAGAUUCAGAACCGCGGUUUCAGAUGUGCUGCAUUGCAGAAAAGGCGUCUUCUCCCGGAUAUCAAGGUCUCGAAACCGCACAUUAAUUUCGGAUGUUCCAAUUGACGAAUCAAGGUGUCCGAGUCCACACGUUGGUAUACGAAUGACGAAACUUCGAUAA